AUGCUGAGUGCCAUUCGCCUUCCGCCCGCUCCGCUCGUCAAAGCGGCAUCCCGUGGUGCUGCUGCGUGUAUCACGACUCCUGUGCCGCGCGCUGCUGCUGCUGCACUGAGCACGGCUGCAGCUGGCUUUGUCGCUUGCAAAGCGCCGAAACGUGCUCAAGCUUGCCUGCUGGGGUUCGCCUCAUUGCUGGGCAUCAAGACCCCUUACCUCGCGCUGCGCCCCGUGUCUACAAUGCCAACUCCGUCACCAUUGACUGUUGCGCCGCCCACUUUGCCCGAGCCGGCGUUGGACGCCUUCCUCUCCCCCUCUGGCGCCGUCCCCGUUCCCUCCUUUGGCGCCCUCCUGUUCCCCGCCUUUGGCGGCGUCCGCUCCCGUAUCGAGAGGAACUAUGAACGCUCCAGCCUGCUCAUUUGGCCCCGCAGGUCCCACUCGACCUCUGCUUCCGGCCCUCCGUCCGAGAUCGACGCCAAAGCCCCUGCUGCGACUGUCAACCCUUCAGCGGAGGAUGACCGUGCGUUGAUUGAUCGCCUGCCCGAACUCCUCCGCAAGCCUUUCGAGCUCUCCGCGUUCGCGUCAGUCGUUCCCGAAGCGAUUUCCGACGUUGUGGCGACACGCAAAAAGGAUGUUGAGAAAAUUCACUCAGCUGGAGAUCCCAGAACGUUCGCUCAAACGUUCUACGGCUGGGUCGAGCAGUGGUCCAAGAACCACGCUAUGCUGAAAAACACACCGGAACUUAUCCAAGCUUCACUUGCGGGUUUGAUUCAACUCACGCCAAAGAAGAGAAAUACGGAUAAUUUCGAUUACCCCCUCGUCGACUUGCAAGUGGCAACCACUGCUAUUAAAGCGCACAUGAUCAACCGAUUGGAGCGACCAGGGAAGAGCACCGACCGACUGCGUUUUCCAUCACUUCUGGCGUCGACGUUGCCUGGUGCAGGAAAAUCAAGGCUCUGCCAAGAGUUUGUGGGCAGCAUCGCUCCUGACGUAUUCAACAGCCGACGACUCGAGUUUAUUUCCUUGUUUGUCACCUUCAAUAACGCAACCAAUUUCGACAGCAUUAAAGACUGGACCAUCGUCCACAACGCCGACCCUGAACACGCUCUUGCGACUCGCCUUCUGCAAGCAUACUUCGACAUCCCGCCGACCUUCUUUGAACUGAACUUUGCGCAGACCGGGAGCUUUCAGGUGGCUGCUACUCUGAAGUUCAUCCAGCAGUUCGAGUUUAAGCGUCGGCGCGGUCGUGCGCCGAAACCUGGGGAUCAAUUACCGUACGUUGCGAUUGCGGUCGACGAAAUCAACAGAUUGCUUGCUGUGUCCGCUGAUGCGUUGAAAGAGCCAGCCGCUGUGAAACGGGCGGACGCUGCGAGCAACGCAGACGAGCAGGACAAGGUUGGUGCACAAGAGAAGCUGGUCUCCGAGGCGAAUCCGGUCCCACAAGUACUGUCCGCUUCUGAAGCCUCGGUCGUACAGGCAAAUCUAGCCAGACAACGCUACUUGGAGAAGGUGAAAUCUCAGCGUUGGCUGCUGAAGCAGACACUUUGGUCACUCAAGGCUGCCACCAUCGAUCCUGCUUCACGGCUCUUUGUACUCUAUGCCGGAACUUUGCCAGAACAUCUCAGGCCCGGUCUGGUCGAGCCGUUGGACUCCAACGCUUCUGGCUCGAGCAACUUAGCUGUCAAUCCGGUUCCAAUGGAGCCCUUCGAUGGCCCCCACACCGCCGAGUUUGUAGACGUGGUUGCCGGAGUUAAACAAACAAAGUUGGAUUGGCGCCUUGAUGCCACCUUAGUGGGUCAACUUCGUAUUGCUGGUGGCUUGCCGCGUCACAUUGAAGACGUGAUGGACGUGGAUACGCCUGAUGCGAUUGCUCGACCACAACUGAGCCCUAUUUCUUUGAUCAAGCUCGUGCGCUUUUGUGCGUUCAAUGCACGACUAACAGGAAAACCGCUCUUGGAGGACGUGGCUGCUUGGGUCAGUCGCGGUGCAGCUGUUGCAGCUCAGUCCAAGAUCGCAGCCCGGUCCCUGCAGUUCAACUUGUACAAACCACUCGCUUUGCUACCGGCUGAUCAGGUCCUCGAGCCUGUUCGCCAUAGCCUCGAAUUGAUCGAGCAGCUUGCAGGCUCACUGAAGCAAUGCCUAAACUCGAUCACAGCAGACAUGCAAGGCUCUGCGUCCAGGCCCGAUCUGUGGGAGCGACUUGUCGUCCACCUAUUCAACUUGCGGGUGACAGCGUAUCUUGCCGAUCACGUGCUAUCUUCGCUUGCACCUUCCUCGUCAAUCCGCGUCCCUCUAACCGAGUUACUGCCUGGGGUCAAGUUUGGCCCGGGCUGCUCAGAACUGUCACUCAAGUUGAAUCCCAAAACCUUGAAGAACUUUUCAUUCAUGCAACUUGCCGAUCGAGGCGAGCCAGGAAUCGACGCUUACAUGCACGCCGACCUCGUUGGUCACCGGUCCAAGACACGCGUCGUCAUUGGUCUGCAGAUGAAGCUGCACAUGCAACUCAAGUCAAUGACUCCCACUAAAUAUGAGAAAGCAGCCCGCAAGCAACUCGAGAAGCACUAUGUGGAUGAACAACACAGACAGAACACGCUUGUUCUCGUUGGAAUCAUGUCGACUUCUCGGCGUGCAACUACUGAUCCUCCUAAACACUCGUGGGUGUUGGAGCGGGACACUCUGGACGAGUUUGCGCAAGGAUUUCAGAAGGUUGUGCAGUGCGCCUACUCGUUCGACCCGCAUCACAGCCCUGCAACACACAUUGCGAGUUUCCUCUAUUCGUGGGGCACGAAGUCACAAGCUGUGUGCGACGCGUUGGCACACCUUCUCGUGCAAACUCGGCACCGAGUUCACCAGCCAGACAGCCGGCAGCAGUUUAGAACAGCGGAAGACCUGCGCCAGUUCUUGCUGGCUCAGAUUGGUGCUUCCAAAGAGGUCUCGUUCACCUUGACGGAGAGCGGCAAAACAAAGCAAGUGGCCCACACUCUCACGAAAAAGGAUGUCCCACUGGUCAAGCACCUUGGCUGGUACUUUGCAUUGCCUCGUAAGGCGCGUUCCGCAACGUCGUCCUCCAGCGCCAGCGUGUCCAGUUAG